UAUCCUGUGCAAAAGUAUCGUACUCGUAUAAAUGCAGGUCUUGCAUUACAAAUUUCUUUGUCAAUGCAAAUCAGCAUUACAAAUUUUAUUUCUCAUGCUGGGAAAGUUUGUAAUGCAUUUAUACGAGUACGAUACUUUUGCAGUUCAUAAACUGUCGUGCACGAAGUACUACAUCUACAGCUUGACUUUGAGUUUGACAACUCGUUCUUCAUAAAGUUGAUGAAUUUUGAUUUUCCUCGUCCAUCAAACGUACGGCCCAUGGAGGCCAUGUUUUGGUGUAGCUCUUCUUGCGCAUUUGUUGUUUCGUCCAAACCAAAAACGUCCAAACGUGUUGUUCGUACGUCCACCGUGGUUAAGUACUGUCUUUGAGACAACUGAGGCAAGAUGUUGCUCCACCUCGCAGUUGUACUUGACUGCAGCUCUUCAUCUGCAGCCACCCACAGUUGUCGGUAUUCUAGGAUAGCAAAAUUGUUUCGCUGCGUUUGCUUUUGGAAAUUAUACUUCGAUUUUGACGAAGUCGAAGACAAUAACAGGACCAGCAGAAGGAGCGAGACAGAAAGAGCCCCGGUUUAUGCCCCUUUCCACAAUUCCAAUUGUCAGAGUUGACUUAGAGGACGUAGCUCAAGAAGUCGCAACUUUUUUCAUCUUCGGAUAAUACCCUUAUCGACCUAUACGCGCCGCAAAUAAGACCCCCAGAAGAUAGGCACCUACGAUUUAUCGAUACCCUCUCAACAACAACCCCUGGAGCAGCUACCUAUCAGAAAUAAACAUUCGCCGAAAGAAGAUAAACCCCCCCUCCGCGCUGGUGCCAACAUUUUCACCUGCUAGAAGCCCGGAGACUUCUGGAGAGCUGCCAAACGAACGCUAUCGGCGAAGAAAAGGAGCUGGAGCUGCCAGAGAGGCCGCCGUACCGAGCGCAAUUGUCACGACCACCCGUCGGUGACGAUAGAUCACGCGGUUCUUUCCACCUCGUCCAAAUAAACCCGGAAACACAUCAUACGGGAAGAUCCAGCACAUCAUCUUCACUCCACCUGCAGUGAAAUCAAAUCGCCUUGCUGGCGACACAUCACCAUUAGACUGCAGAUCCUCAUCUCGUACGACAAGACCAGACCCGAAAUAAAACCAUGGGCGGCGAAAUCCCAUCGGACCUGAAGCCCACGGAGGGCAGCAUCGUCGUCAAGGAAGCAGAUUUGCAGGUCCUAGCGAAAUCCUUGGACCCGAGAAAAGUCACAGCAGCACUGCAGAAAUUCAGGUACAGUUUCUUCUAGUUUCGAUCAGGCAAAAAAUAUGAAGUAAGUAGUGCGAUAGUGUUUAAGUUUAUGUUGGUUGAGCAUUUAAUUUUCCGACGCCGACCUGGGAGGGGGCCGCUGCGUCCUCGCUGCCCCCAAGAUCAUGCGUGCACCAGCAUUCCCUACUGAUUUAUCGCCAACCAAAAAAUCCCCCCAAAUAAAAAAAAUCAGGUUCAUUGCAAGAACAGAAACGCUGCAGCACCGUUUUAUCGAAGCAGAAGGCCUGCUUUACGUGAUGACCUGCCUCACAAGGUAUAUGUGGAACCCAGCGGUGUGCAGAGAAGCCUGCAACCUAUUAGGCGGCUUCACGGCGCAACACAGCUGCCAUGCGGUAUAAUUUUCUUCUUCUACGUCAUGCAGAAACUAGUAGAGCUACGUGCUUCGUCCGCUUUUUCUCUUGUCCACACGAUGAAUUGUCAUUCGGAUGAUGAAGUGUGAGUAGACAAGAAACGAUCAAAAUUAAAAUUUGUGAUGCAGAUCAUGCUCCAUGACCACCUGACAUACAUACAAGAAGAAAAAAAAACACCGUAUCACAGCAACUUAUCCGCGAGGGUGUCCUGGACGUCCUUUUUUCGCUCUAUGACACCCUCAGAAUGAAAAUCCUCAAAGUGGAAAUAUUUGUGAUGCAUGAAAUGCGACACCAAAAAGACUGCAUUGCAGAGAACGCAACGGAGGCCGACUAUUGUGCUUCUACGGGUUCAGAAUUGGGCUGCUGAUUAGCACGAGAGAAGGGCACCCCUUUGCCUACCUAGCAUGACAGACAUGCUUUGAGUGCCCGGAAAAUUUGUCAUGCGCCGACUAGAAAUGGCGCUUCGACUGGAGUCGUUUUUUUGCAUUACAAAUUAUUUCCACUUUGAGGAUUUCCAUUCUGAGGCUGUCAUACACUCACCUUGACCCAUUCCAAGCCGGCGUUAGACCAGGAAACUGAGGUGGAAAUACUACUGACUGCGGUGGAAGCUGUGGCAAACUUCACGGCAAACGCUGACAAAGAGGUACAAAUUGGUACGGUGUUUUGAAGAUGAAGAUUUUUGCAGCAAUACAAAUUUUUCCUCAACACGGUCGAGUAUGCAAAAUGCGAAUGCAGCGGCUGAAUUCAUCCGUCAUGCUGAAUUUUUCGCAAUGUCAAUGAUGUGUUUGUGUUACAGUUAGUAACACCGCCCCCCGUCAUGAAAACAAAAAAAAAACUUCUCCAGAUCCGCGCGGCCUGCGUUGAGAAGGGGGCGGAACGAAUGUCAGCACUGGUCAACGACGUGAUACUGAAAGAAAACAAGAACCUCACGCCAUCACAAGUCCACCGAUUGCAGUUGAACGGGAGGAGGCUAAGGGAAAACUUGGAGAAAUUGUGCAAGGCGGAUAGUUGGGAAGACAUGGGAAAGAGAAAUCAAAGGUACUUACUAUUCGAGCUAGUUUGUUAAGUUUACCUUGUGAUUUUGACGUGAGUAAGAUUGCUUAUUUUUCCGCAUGUUGACCUGCAUCAGAAAUUUUCCGUCAGCAUCACCUUCAAAAACUGACUCAGUUGUGCCUAGUAUGCAUGACAAACUUGUGGAGACGCCUAUAAAAAACUAUCAGGUACUGGCUGAAACGAGAGGUGUAUCCGAUGACAAAGCGGGGCGAUCCGACUUGGAAACCCCCAAAGUGAGAAGAUGAAGAAAAGGCAGCAGGAACACAAGAACUACUGUUUCAAUUCUGUCAUUGUGCACUAUGCUACAUCCAGUACUACUACACUACGCUGAUUUAUUGCACACUAUUUUUGGACCCGCACUUGUUCGAUCCCAGGAUCGAGUGCGACCUCAAGAAGUAGUACCUGUCGUGCUGCGACUAUUAGCUGCAGCGGAAUUAUUACCCACAGUGAUGUCAGAAAGAUUUCUUGUAUAAAAAUGCAAUAUUAUGCUGGAUAUGGUGCAAAGAACAGAGUCUUGUACAAUGCAGUUGAUGAAGAAAGUGUUUUACAAUUUUUAUCCGAGCCAAUGAAUCGUUAUCCAAUUAUCCAAAGUUACACGGAAAAGUACUAUCCAAGCCAAUGCCAAAGCCAAUUUUAUCCAUUUGUUACAAUUUCCAGACCAUCUUCAGAAGAAUCGUUUCAUCGCCUGCAUGCGCAAGCGUAGACUUCUCUGAUAGUUCGAGGAGGCUACGCUGCAAUUUUGGUCACAGAUUGUCAUGAACACUGUAUCCAAUAGAUUUGUUAUCCACAAAAAUGUGCCUGUAAGAUGACGCAAGUGC